AAUCCAGCAGCUGCUUAAAACACCCAAUGACCUAUGGAGUUCAUCAUUUGAAGAUCCAGUUCUUCAAAAGGCUCUUGAAACGAAAUGGAGCCAAGUUCUGUCCACAAUGAAGCAUGUCCAUAUCAAGCAAGCAUCAGAAAAAAAAAAUAUGGAGGCAGCCGCCACUUUACUGAGAUGCACCUACAACUUUUACCGUGAGAGCUCAUGUGGAACACUUCCAUCAGGUAUUAACCUGUAUACUGUACCAUCUCAUUUAACAACAGAAGGACCAUGCCAACCAUCUAAGGACAAUGUCGACUACCUUGAUUUGAGCGCCCCGAGGAAGCUUCUCUUAUGGGCAUACACACUAGUGCAUUGUCAUUACUCCAACAUUCUAGCAGUUGUAAAGCAUUGCGAAGAAAAUGCGAAGUUUGCCAGAGUUAAAGAGCCCAGAGUUAACAGGGAUGUGCAUAGGAUUAACAGCAGGCAGUUCCCGCGUCAAACAGUAGGUAGCAGCAUUCUCUAGGCCUUCUCCAACCCUUCAGGCAACUGAUUCAAGCCCAACAGCAGUAGCAACAACACCAAUACUUUCAGCCACUACAGGAAGGGAUGUGCACAGGAUUAACAGCUAGUGACAUGUACCAAACUACCUUGGAAGUGGCGCCGAAGGAAGCCCAGAUCCCUCUAAUGGCAGAUGGAAUACCGGGCUUGAAGAACUAGUGGAAGAGAUCGCUCAGGUUGUGGGGGAUGGACGAGAAGACAUUGAAGAGGAGGAUUUGCAGCAAAUGUCAUAUCUGAAGGCAGAGUGAUCAUUUUAGAAAAGAGCAAGGAAUUGUUGGAUUACAGAAGCCUAGAAAUGAUAUGUUGUAUUGAAAUUGGAAAUUGGAAUUGAAA